CUGGAAUUCCACCGUGACACCAGUCAUUUUUGCAUUUUUCGCAAACAUUUCCUUCUUUCUCUUCAACAAAUUAGCUACAAUUUGAAAAUCUUAAUUUGCAAUGAUGUUUUUCCUUUCUGUGUGAAUUUUCCAACAACUGGAGAAGUAUUUGCAUGGUGCUUGCAAACUAACUGUGCAUGGUCUUUGGAUGAAAUUCAUGUUUGAACGUGUCGAUCUGCGGAAUGCUGCAUUCUGCGUCUUUUCCUGAUUCCCGUUGAUCUACGCGAAAAUGGUGUUCGAAGGGAUUCUGGUGGACGUGUUGAACUCGUUCCUCGGCGAUUAUAUUGAGAAUCUCGAUCGCGAGCAGCUCUCCGUGGCAGUGUGGAGCGGAAAUGUGGAGCUGCGCGAACUGCAGACCAAGGAGUCCCUGUUGGACGAUCUAAAUUACCCCAUUCGCACCAAAUUUGGAUAUUUGGGGAAAUUGCGCGUGGAGAUCCCGUGGAAGAAUUUGUACACGCAUCCCAUCUCCAUUAUCAUCGAGGAUGUCCUGCUCCUGGCCGCUCCCAAUGACGAAGCGGAAUACGACAAAGCCAAAACCGAGCGGAAACAGUGGGAGCAGAAACAGCGCCAACUGCGUCACCUGGAGUUGGUCGGUGGAUCGGAGACGGACGCGGAGGAAGCCAAAUCCAAGGAACCCGUGAAGAAGAAGACGACGUUCACGGAGCGGCUGGUGGCGCGGAUUGUGGCUAAUCUGCAGGUGGAGAUCAAGAAUGUCCACGUGCGCUACGAGAGCACCGCCAACGACGCCCACGACAGCUUCUGCUUCGGCGCCACGCUGGGCAGCGUCAUGUUCAAGAGUACGGAUGAAAAUUUCUCCGUCAAGACCCUGGAUGAUGCUUGCCAUCUGGUUUAUAAGCUACUCCGGUUGGAAUAUCUCUCAGCAUAUUGCUCACCCAAGGAAAAGACUCUUUUCAGCGGACUUUCCAAAGAUGAAAUACUCGUAAGAUUUAAGGAAUUUUUUGAGACUUCCAAAGCGGAUCCCUCAGCGAUUCAAGCGUUCCACGUACUGGAGCCGGUGUUCUUCACCUCGCGUCUGGCGCUGAACCCGCGACCAGAGUCCAAAGACUGCAAUUUCGGAGCGCCAAAACUGACGGUAGACAUGGGUCUGGAAACCAUUAACUUGAAAUUAUCCCGCCAGCAGUACGCCGGGGUGCUGGAGUUCCUGGAGGAGAUGGAGGGACUAAACAGUAAAUCCCGCUACAGCGGCUUCGACAUUCCCCAGCAUCCCAUCGGCAAUAAGAACUCCAAGGACUGGUGGAAGUACGCGCAGUCGGCGGUGCUGGAAGUGGACGUGAAGCCGCGUCUGCGCCAGUGGUCCUGGGAGUCCAUUAAGGCCCACCGCGACCUGCUGCGCCAGUAUUCCUACCUGUAUUCCAUCAAAAUCAACUCGACGAAGCUGUCGGCCGCCCAGGAUACGGAACUGGAGGAGCUGGAGAAGAAGCUGGACGUCUUCAACAUUGUUCUGGCGCGUCACCAGGCCCAGUUCGACGUCAACAAGGCCAAGAAGAAGGUGUCCUGGUGGUCCUGGCUGACCGGCGGGGGUCAUGCCGAAGAAGAGGCGCUGGAUGAAAACGACAUCCGCCACCGAUUGAAGAAAGCCAUGACGGAUGAAGAAAAGGCGAAGCUGCACGCCGCCUUAGGCCUGGCGGAGGGCGUGGAGGAGACGGGCGGCUUCCCGGCGGAAUACGUGUCGACGCGGCUGCUGUGGGAUGUGGAUGAGGCCAGUGUGGCCGUGACGGACGACGAGAACGAGGGAGAGCGCACCAGUGUGGCCAAACUGCAACUGACCGGCUUCAGCGGCAAAUUCGAGCAGCGACCUACCGCCAACGGCAUCUACCUCAAGACUGUCGUCAAGGAUCUCCUCAUCUUGGGCAAAGAUAAGGGCGGCGAGGAUGAGAAGCCGGUGGAGAUCGCCCGGCCGGAGAAGGAAACACCGGCGUUAAUGCAGUUAUUGUACGAGUCCAAUCCGCUGGAUUCGGAAUUCGGCGUCCGACUGCAUUUGUUCGUGGAUCCACUGCAGUUGGUUUACGACGCUGAGACCGUCAACGCCUGCGUCAAAUUCUUCAAGCCCCCGGAAGCCAUUGCGCUGCGUCAGCUGCAGGCGCAGGCUAUCCUUGCUUUACAGGCGCUGCGUGAAUCGACGGUAGCGGCGGUGCGGGACAUCCUGGAGCACCACCGUUACACCGAUUUCGAUGUGGACCUGAAAGCGCCGUACCUGAUCAUUCCCGAGUACGGCGCCGUCUUCGCCAGAUCCUCCUGCGUCGUCCUGGACUUCGGGCGGGUGAAGCUGACCAGUCUGGAGAAGGGCGGCAACGUCAAUCCCGAUAUCGCCUCCAUCGAGGAUCUCAAGGAGCAGUCCUACGAGAAAUACCAGCUAAUUGUCGAGGAUUUAUCCAUUAUUUUCGCGGAAGAAGGCGAUGAUUAUCAGCGGGCCCGCAAGGAUGACAAGUCGCCGCUACAGAUCCUGCAUUCCAUUAACUGCAAACUGGAACUUCAGAACUGUUUAAUCCGUAAUCAUCCCAUGCUGCCGUUGGGCCGGAUUUUUGGUGAGUUGCCGGUGGUGAAAGUGGAUAUUUCCGAGAAGCGGCUGCUGAAGAUGCUGAAAAUGUUACUGACCAUUCCGUUGCCCGAUAUGUCCUACAGCGGAAAUUUGGAAUUUUCCGAAAAAGCCAGAGAUAUCGUCCGGGAAUAUCGCGACAUGAAACAAGUGCAGACGCUGUUCGCCAUGAAGCAGCCGGAAGUGGAGGGCGCCAGUCUGGACGUGGUGAUCAUUGACUUCAGUCUGAAGGUGGAGGAGAUCAGCAUCUCCAUCCUCAACAGCGACUCGCAGCGGCCGCCGCUGAUGCGCGUGGCGGCCCUCCACUUCGAGCAGGGCGUGGCCAUGACCGCCUCCGACCUGGUGGCCACCACGGCCCUCAACGACAUGUUCAUCGAGUUCACGGGGAAGGACAGUCCGACGCCGAAACGGCUCAUCAAGGCGCACCGCAGUAGUUCGGCGCCGGCGGAAAGCCGGGUGCUGUAUCUGAUCUACACCAGUGUCAGCUCGCUCAGCCCGGAUUUCGAGUCCAAACACAACUGCACACUGUCCAAGUUGGACGCCAAUGCGUCGGGACUGGAAGUGCUAGUCGAUCAGCAGUCGCUGCUGGAAAUCGCCGGCUUUAUCACGACAUUGCGCUCGCAAGUCAGCGCGGUGGUGGCUGAAUCACAGGCCGCUGGACCGCGCUUGCUGUCCUCCUUCUUCGCUCCCGCGCCGCCGGCCACCGAGACGUCAGCUGAGACGCCCGCGGCGGAAGUGGUGGACAUGGGAACGGAUCUGACUGCCGCAAGCGCUGAUGAAGGAUUUAUUUCCGACGAUAAACUCAUCCAUUUCGCCCUGCAUGCCACCGGCGAAAUGAUCACGAUUACGCUGGCGGACGCGUACGGGCCGCUGUGCCGGUCGGUGAUCGAAGGGCUGGACGUGGGCUUCCAGCAGAAGAAGAGCUCCAUGACGGUGGAAUCGAAGCUGAAGGCCAUCACGCUGGAGAAUCCCGACCAGGAGGCGCUGUGGCCCAUGAUCCUGCAGACGAAAGGUCAAGAACUGCUGGACAUCAAGGUGGUCAUCCACAACGAGCCCCUGGAGGUGCAGCGCGAGAAGGGCCUCUUCAGCCAGGAGAUCGAGGUCUCCCUCGGCGCCAUCGAAUUCGUCUUCCUCAACUACUUUUUCCUGGACAUUGGACGCUUUGCCGAAUCCCUGCAGGGAAUUGUCGCCCAGUUUGCCGGUGCGGCGCAAGCCGCCGGUGAAAAGACCAAGCAGACGGCCAUCGACAUUUACGAGCAAGCGUCGCGCCUGAAGAUCGAAGCGGAUCUGAAGGCGCCCAUCGUCAUCCUGCCGCAGAACUCCAAGAGCGGCAACGCGCUCAUCUUCGAUCUGGGCAGUCUGCGCAUCGCCAACGAUGUCGUCGACGGGAAGGACGCCCUCAUCGACAAGGUCACCGUCUCCAUCUCCAGCAUCGCCUUCGACCGUGUGGAGGAUUAUAAGCCAAAGGGCGGCGGUCAGACCUUCAGCAUCAUUAAACAACCGGACACCACCAAACUGGCGCUGGAGCGUAAUUUAAGCUACAAGCAGAACGCCGCCAUCCCGGAAAUCACCGCCAGCGGCAGUCUGCCGUCCUUCGAGAUUAACCUGAGCAACGUGGACUACCAGGUGAUUCUGGAUGUGUUCACGCAGAACUUUGCGGAAGACUACACGAAAGGCAAACAACCGGCGACGGCGCCGCAUCCCUCGCAUUUGCCGGCGCCGGAAUUGGCCAGUGUUCCCGAGGAGCCGCUGACGGAUGUCGGUGAUGAGCGCGCCCAGUUCCUGGGCACACCCGAGCCGUCCAGUGUCGACAGCGCGCAGCCCGCUGGCUCACCGCCGUCGCCGAGUAAAUCGGAAAUCAUCGCCGCGGAUCCACUGCACCCGAAAACGCCGGAACCCACCGGCGACCAGCCGGAAGUGCCGCGGUUCAAAUUCGCCGUGUCCCUGGACAAGAUCAGCGCGGCGCUGAAUUGGCGCGGCGCCGUUCCCGAAAAAGGCCGCCGGAUGUCGGUGGCCGCCCCGGCGAGCGGUGACGUCGCCGAGCACAAGCUGGCGUACCUGGAAUUGGCCGGUUUCCGGCUGGAAGGCGGCAUCAUGCCGGAUAUGAUCAUCGCCGGCCAGCUCAUCCUCCAGGAUCUCAAUGUGCAGGACUGCCGCGGGAAUUUCGAGAACCGCAUCAGUCGGUUGCUGUAUCUGCGCAAUGCCGGUAGCAAGGACAAAGAAAUGCCGCCGUUAGCGCUAAUCGAAGCGCGGCAGGACUCGGACGGCAACCAGAGCGUGGACGCGCAGAUCGCCCAGAUCGAGGUGGUGAUUAUCCUGGAUUUCUUCAUGGAAGUGGGCCAGUUCUUCACCAUCAACAACAGCAGCAAUCCCGACCACGAGGCCGCCGACGGCAGCGGUCCGCACCGGCAGGAGGCGCCGGUGCGCGCCAAAAUCAAGGAGAAGGCCGACGAAGCCGCCGCCAAGACGCCGCAGUCCGUUAGGAAGAAUAAACCGGUGCUGCCGGCCACGAAACCCCCCGAGAAGGAGCUGCCGUUGGAACGCACCAUCGCGGUGAAUUUCACGGUGAACAGUCCGACGAUUCUGUUGGUGGAGGAUCCGAAGAAUGUCGACUCCAAGGUGCUGCUGCUGUCCGUGGAUGUCAAGCUGAAUAUGGGCAUCACCAGCAUCGGCAAAAGUUUCCAGGCGUCCGCGGAGAAUUUCCGCAUGUUCGCCACACACUACAAAUCCCGCGCGGCCAGCCCCCAACAAAUCAUCUCCCCGGCGGACCUCGCCCUGCAGUACAAAGAAUCCACGGACGCCGGGCAGCACAUCGGCCUGACCUGCACCGACCUGACCAUCAUCAUCACCCCGGCCGUCAUCAAACUCAUCAGCACCACCCUGGCCAGCCUCGGCACCUCCCACGCCGCCGACGACUUCCCGCAGCACCCCAUCGGGGUCUACUCCGACCUCUGGCAGCCCGCCCCCGUCCAGGCCGACACCCACUGGUUCUUGCAGCCUCCCGAGGAGGACCUCCCGGGGGAUAAGAUCCUGACGGCCCUGGAGAAGACGGAAGCGCAGACGGAGCGCCAGCUGCAGCAGGGCGAUGUGUUUAUGUUCGAUCUGCCGUCGGUGAUGGUAGUGGUGGAGAUUGGGGAGGUCAAUCGGUACUUCCCGGCGUUUUUGUUGGAGUGUAGAGCGUUCGGGACGGUCAGGGAUUGGACGACGCGGAUGCAGGCCAAAGGGAUAUUGUUUCUGGAGAUGGGCUCGUACAAUCCCAAGCAUGAUGUGUGGGAGCCGAUUAUCGAGCCGAUUGACGAUGGGAAGACGGAGCGGUCGUGGGAGGUGCAGGUGGAGAUGGUCAGGAAUGAUAUCAGUAUUGCCGAUCUCCGCACCGCCGCCAAACAGGGAAUGAAUCUGCAACGCCGCGGCAGCGCGCAGAGCGUAGACAGUCUGGCGUCACCCGGGCCGGGCGCGCAGGACGUCAUCCCCAACACGAUCGGGACGGAUGUGAUGCAGGAGAGCGCCGCGCUGCAGUUGAGCAUCAAAGCCACGGAACCGCUGCAGCUGACUGUGACCAAGACGUCCGUCGAGCUGAUCAAACGCGUCGUCGACGCCUUCCUGGAGGCCACCAACAAGGAUCUCCCGCUGCAGGAGGCGUCCAGCAGUGCGCCGUAUAUCGUACAAAACCAUCUGGGACUCGACGUGCAAAUUCAGGUUAUUGCUCCACUGCAAUACGGCGUGGAUGAGAACGUGACCAAGGAUUUGGAAGGCAUCGUCGCCGUCAAAUCCGGCGCCAGCCGCGAGAUUUAUUUGAACAAGAAGAUCCGCCGAUUCCACAAGAACGUCCUGCACCAGUCGACCGCGGAGACGGAUCUGAAGAUGAAGCUGAUCGUCGCCGGACGCAGCAUCGAGAUCAGUUUGUUGAAAGCCGAACGCCGCUUCUUCCUCAUCCAGAACGCCGACGAUGUGCAGCGCCCUCUGCGCUUAAUCGUCGACGUGGUGGCCGAGACGAACUACAAGGCCAUCCAUCUGCAGAGCUCCAUGACCGUCACCAGCUACCUCCUCAUGCCCAUGGAAUUACAGGGCGGAUUCGCCUCGGUGGAUCACACGGGCGUGGUGGAUCCGAACCAGACGGUGUUCAUGCCCAUCCGGUCGGUGCAGUUCGACGAGAAGGCGGUGUUAUCCUGCCGACCGGCGCACUCCGACCUGUACCAGGCCUCCAAGAAGAUCCCCAUCGGGGAGAUUCUGCGGCUGGACGUCGCCGAGAAGACCUACAUGAUGCAGUGCGACCCGGCCAAGCUGGGCGUCGACUCCACGCUGUACUUUGUCAUGUUCUGCCGCUCCGAGCACGUCAAGUACGAGAACACCCAGAAGUACACGCCCAACAGCGUCGAAUACCAGGUGUUCUUACGCAGCGUGAUCACCGUGGCGAAUGUCCUCCCGUACGAUAUGAGCAUCGGCUACCUGGACGCGCAGGAAACCCGCCUGGCGCGUUUAGAGAAGGCCGCCGCGGACCCCGCCCUCUCCAUCGAGCACACCUACGUCCCCAUCGAAGCCGGCAACAGCCGACCGCUGUACACCGUGCAUCCGUCCAAACACCGGCUCCUCUUCCGCUUAAAGAACUACAUGGACCACGACUGGGACGGGGAGAUUCUGGUCGGGUCGUUGACGGAGGAGUUCACGCCGUGUACGUUGAUCUGCCAGGGCGAGACCAUCAACACCCGCGACACGGACAAGCGCGACAGUGUGCUGGUGGGCAUCCGCACGCUGAAGGAGGACGGGACGAUUUUCCUGACGAUCUACUCGCCGUUCUGGAUGCUGAAUAAGACGGGGCUGUUGUUGAGCUAUCGGGAUCCGUUGAAGGAUCAUCUGGGGACCAUUACGCAGCCGCUGCUGUAUUCCACGUCCUAUGGGAAUUUACAGGAGAAGCGGAAGAUCGGCAUUAAAGUGGAAGACGCCGAGUGGUCCAAGAAGUUCAGCCCGGACGCCGUGGGCAGCAACGGUGUGGUGGUCUGCAAGGGCGCCGAGCGGACCUACGAAAUCGGCAUGCAGAUCCGCUCCAGCGCGACGGUCAUCACGAAAACAGUCGUCUUCACGCCGUACUACGUGCUGAGCAACGUCAGCGACGUCGGGAUCGAUGUGCGUGAGAACCACGAGGCCUCGCAGUGGAUCAACAUCCCGCCCAAGGCGACGGUCCCCUUCUGGCCGUACUUUAAUGAUAUGCGCAAGGAGAAGGAGGCGGAAAAGGGCGAUGAGGAGUUGGGAUGUGCGGAGCAUAAUAAGCUGGUGUGUCGUGUGCAGAACACCGUGCAGGAGACGCCGGCCUUCUGCUAUGGCGUCCUGCAGCAUAAUUUGCUGCGGUUGAAUAAUGAGUUUGGUGGGAUCUAUGUGGAGACGCAGGUGAGCGAGUGCAACGCCGUGACCACCCUGCAGCCCUUCUACCCCGGCCGCGCCACCCACCGCUUCGUCAACCUGACCCCCUUCCCGGUGUACUACCGCCAAGUAGGUCAACUGCAGUUCGACGCCGUGCAAGCCGGGAUGGAGCGGCUGUUCGCCUGGCCCGAACCGUCCAACGAGAAGAAACUGGAGUGGUUGUUCCGCGACAACAACCCCCAGGUCACCGACAUCAACCAGGACGAUUCCGGCAAUCUCCCGGUGGACACCGACGUCUUCUACUGGGUGUCUUUCUACUACGAGAACGAGCGGAUUCUGCUGUUCACGGCGGAUGUGGAUCUGGCCUUGAAGGUGCAGCAGGCCGUUGAUCUGGAGGCCACGUCGCUGGAGGUGGUGGCCAGUAUGGAGGGGAUCGGCGUGUCGCUGGUCAACAACGUCGCCAAACACGAGGUUAUUUAUGCGGGGAUUGUGAGCAGUGGGCCGAUCUGGCAGUACCGGAAGCUGAGCAGCACCUCCAAGCGCUUCCACACCUUCAAGGGCUCGGAGGCGCGCCAGUUGGAGCAGGCCUUCCAGAAGUACCGCUCCAACAUCGAGGCCGACAUCCACAUUGACGGCGCCACGAAGAUCGAGCAGGCUAACCUGGAGGUGGACUUCACGCAGAUGAUGAUGAAUAAACCGCACCACCGCCAGCUGCAGCGCAUCUACGAGGACGGCUUCUGGUGCCGCUUCAAGAUGUCCGCCAGCCAGUAUCAAGUGCAUGUCAAACUGCAAAAGGUGCAAAUCGACAACCCGAACCCGUUAUCCCAGUACCCCACCCUGCUGGUCCCCGUUCCGUUACCGGAGAGUGUCGGACACAAACCGCUGAUCGAAGGCAGCCUGAUCAUCCGCCAAACCGCCCACAGCAAAGUUCCCCAGUUCAAACUGUUGGAGGCGCUGGUGCAGGAGCUGGAGGUGCGCGCCGACCAGGGCGUGAUCAACUCCAUCCUGGCCAUUCUGCAGCCGGAGGGCGAGAGCGGCUUCAAGGCGCGUCAGAAGAUGUUGGAUAACUUCCACCAGCAGGACGGGGCGGAGUUGCGACGGGGACUGGCGGAGACGGUCAGUCUGGGCGUCGGCACGGAGACGCCGCUGCCCUUCGACCAUCUGGUCAUUCAUCCGCUGAAGAUCCAUGUCAGCUUCUCCCUGACCGGCGCCGACAGCGAGCAGCAGUCGGCGUUGAACGUGCAGUCGGAGUUCGCCGGGCUGUUGCGGACGCUGGGCGUGACGGCCACGGAGGUCAACGACGUCCUCAUCAAACUGGCCACCUUCGAGCGGCUGCACAAGAGCUUCACCUCCGUGCAGAUGCAGCAGCAGCUGCAGAGCCACUACGUCUCCCAGCUCCUCAAACAAUUUUAUACGAUCGCGCUGGGUCUGGACAUUAUUGGGAAUCCCUUCGGGUUGGUGCGCGGUGUGACUUCCGGCGUGCGGGAUCUCUUCUACGAACCGUACGAGGGUGCCAUUGAGGGACCGGAAGAGUUUAUUUCCGGGCUGAGCAGCGGCAUCCAGAGUCUGGUGGGGAAAUCGGUGGGCGGCGUUCUCGGCACCGCGGAGAAGUUGACGGGGAGCGUGGGCCGGGCCAUCGCCACGGUGAGCUUCGACGAGAAAUUCCAGCGGCAACGGCAGCGCGACCGCAACCGCACCCCCACCGACUUCCCGGGGGCGGUGCUGCAGAGCGGCAAGGCGCUGGGCCAGGGACUGACGCAGGGCAUCACCGGCAUCGUCACCAAACCGGUGGAGGGCGCCCGGCAGGAAGGCGCGGCCGGCUUCAUGAAGGGCAUCGGCCGCGGAUUGAUCGGCGUCGUCGUGCGGCCGGUGGCGGGCGUCGUAGACUUUGCGACGGGCUCCUUGGAGGCGGUGCGCCGGCUGACCACCUCCGACGUGGACCCCAUCCGCCUGCGCCCCACCCGCCACAUCCCCCCCGACGGCCUGGUGCGCCCCUACAAUCUCCACCAGGCCGAGGGCGCCUACCUCUUCCGCGACGUGCAGAAGAAGGAGCUCAAGGAGGACGAGUACGUCACGCACCUCGUUACGUCGCACGAGCGCCGCUACGUCUUGAUGCUGACGACGAAGCGGCUGCUGUACCUCGAGAAGGGCGAUAUCCUGCAGGGUCGUUUCACGAUCCACUGGAUGUACGAAUGGGACAACUUUGUGGGCGUGCCCACGUGGACGGAGAAGGGCAUCAUGUUCCCCGUGGUGGAGGCCGAAGGCAAGGGACUGCGCGGUCUCCUGCAUCUCGAGCGCAAAGACAAACCGCGCUACGUCUUCGUCGAGGAUCAGGAUUCGGCGCAGUGGUUCAUCGAGAAAGUCAAAGCGCAGAUGGAAUCCAUGAAAGAGCACUGAAUUUAUCUUCCAAUUUCUCUCUGUUUUUUUUUAAUAAUUAGUGUCACCGAUUUUUAACAGUUUUUCUAACGGGUGAGUUUUUCGCGUGCAACCGCUGCCGUUUCCGGUUGGAAUGUGUUUUUGCGGUGUUAUUUUGUAAUUCUUUUGUGAUACAUCAUCCAUGCUGCUUGUGUCUUGCUAAAUACAUAUUUACGCAUUUAUUUUGCUGACUCAAAUUGAGUCUCAUGUACGUCUGUACAAUGGACGAUUUUAGUAAUUAUUUUUCCUGUAAUUAAUUAACCUGGUGUUUUCAUUUUGCCGUGGAGAAUUAAAUCUGGAUUCACUAA